CCACGUGUGUAUGUUUGAGCGCGCGCACGUGUGUGCUGUGCGCGUCGCCGUUCCUGCGGAAUCCAGGAGGCAGCGGUCGGACUCCGAGAGGCUCCCCCCUGCAAGAUAAUGAACAACAAAUUUGACGCUCUGAAAGAUGACGACAGCGGAGAUCACGACCAGGACCAAGCCUCACCGAAAGACGGUGAGAAGGAAAAAACUGACGACGAGGACAAGGACCAGAACACGUCCAGGAAAAAAAUGGUGGUUCCCGGGGCGGGAGAGCACCCUCUUCAGUACAACUACACCUUCUGGUACUCCAGACGCACUCCGGGGAGGCCGGCCAGCACGCAGAGCUACGAGCAGAACAUCAAACAGAUUGGCAGCUUCGCUUCGGUGGAGCAGUUCUGGCGUUUCUACAGUCACAUGAUCCGGCCGGGUGAUCUGACGGGUCACAGCGACUUCCACCUCUUCAAGGAAGGCAUCAAACCCAUGUGGGAGGAUGAUGCCAACAAGAUGGGAGGGAAGUGGAUCAUCCGGCUGAGGAAAGGCCUGGCGUCGCGGUGCUGGGAGAACCUGAUCCUGGCCAUGCUGGGAGAGCAGUUCAUGGUGGGAGAGGAGAUCUGUGGGGCCGUGGUGUCGGUCCGCUUCCAGGAGGACAUCAUCUCCAUCUGGAACAAGACGGCCAGCGACCAGGCCACCACGGCCCGCAUCAGAGACACGCUGCGCCGAGUCCUCAACCUGCCGCCCAACACCAUCAUGGAGUACAAGACGCACACUGACAGCAUUAAGUAUAGCAUGGGAAGACUUCCAUGGGCUGGUGAAUGCUAGCGGCGGACGUUAGCCUCUCCAACAGAAAAGUGUGUGUACGUGUGCUGUUCUGGCUGAGAGGAGUCCAAAGGAAGAACCCCCUGGAGUGGACUCGCACGGCGGACAUCAGGAAGAGGCCACGGGACCAUUCCUUGCUUGUGUCAAAUUGGAAAUGAACCGAAGAGAGAAAUAUUUUUAAUCAAAUGGAAGAAGAGCUGAGCCUCCAGUAUUUUUUUUUUUUCCUUUUUAAAAAAGAAGAGCAAGUUGUGACGUUUGUGAACUUUCCAGCAGAACGGAGGCUGUGUGUCUGCUGACCUGCUCAUCGUGGACAAAGUGUACUUGACAAAAUCCAACAAAACCAAUCUUAUUGUACCAGAUUUUAUGGCUUAGCGUGACAUCUCACCUGCUCUGUGUUAAUCAGCUUUACUGGACUGAGACGGGUCAGAGACGUCCUUUUAUCACAUUGCUGUAUUUUAACUACGACUCCGCUGGCCGUUUGGAAGCGAGAACACAAACUUCUGAAGUCAGCUGUGUCUGUAAAUAGAGUUCAGAGUCAAAGGUCAUUUAGUGGAUCGUGUGGAUUCUUCAUCUUUGACUGGAAGGAUGAGGAGCGUCGUGUGUUUUGGGCAGAAGCUUGUAGAAAAUUAACUGCCGAGCUGCCUCCAUCACUGUGCCUGGCCUCCAGCCCCCCAUCACCCCCUCUGUCCCCCCCGUCCCCUCUGUCCCCCCUCGUCUUUAAACAAUCCAGGGACGGAGGACUCGGCCUCGUCGUCCUCCUUUUUCCACUUUGUAGUAAAAAAAAAAAAGAAAGUGGGCUGUUACAGUUUUUAUCCCGGGGAAGUUUCUUUUUGUUUUUGUUUUUUUUUUU